ACACGAGAGUAACACCGGUCGUUCAGUUGCGCUACUGCCCUCGAUCUACGAGUCCACGCGCGAACUUUCUCGUGUUUCCGCAAAAAAAAAAAAAAAAUUAUUCAUCAAAAUGGAUAAGGACGGAUCCGACCCGAAAAACCACGACGAGGAGGAAAUCGCGCAACAACCACCACCACCACCGCCACUGAUGCUCGACGAGGACAGCCGAGUCGUGGCCGUGAUAAGAAAUCGCAUCUCGCCCGCUCGCGAAGGACAGCCCGAGCCCGUACUGGUGAGGACGAUCGAGCCGUUGCCCGUUGCCGUGCCGGUGAGGAUCGCCAACGACAUCAUCAACGGGAAGUACGACGAUGUCCAGCUGUCGUCGUCGCCCACGGAGGAGGCGGUGCAGGCCAAUCCGGUGGUGGAUCCCGAUCAGGGUGCGGCGGCAUCGGCAGCCGUGGUGGCCGUCGAACAGGAGCCUGCAGACGAGCCGGUGAAUCAGCUCACGGAGGAGGCAGUGACCAAUUCGGUGGUCGAUCCCGAUCAGGGUGCGGCGGCAGCGGUGGUGGCCGUCAAACAGGAGCCUGCAGACGAGCCGGUGAAUCAGCUCGCGGAGGACGUGACGAAAAACCUUUCCGUCGAGAGCAUCAGUUCGACAGACAGCGAGUCCGAAAACGACAGCGACGAGUUACCGCCUGCGUCACCGCUACCACGAGGAUCACGACGACCACCAACAUCGCCGUCGGGAGCGACGGGCGUGAGAAAUCGGCUGUACGACCAUCCCUAUCCGAUCGUACGCUCCGGACGAUUCACGAACUUGGCCGAUGUCCCGAGGGUGAUGAAAGACGAUACCAAGCGGGCCUUGCGAGAAUGGGAGUCGCCUACCGGCAACGGGAAUAAUAUCAACGGAUCACCGGCCGACGAGUGCAGAUCCGUGCCCGCGUGGCAGUUUAGACAGCGAAGGCCUGGAAGAAUCGCCAAGACCCCGCCGCCGAUAUCCGACAGCGAAGACUACAGCGAAGACGGCAACGACGACGACGACGACAGGAGAAGCCAGGAGAAGCUGUGGAACUUGCUGGUCACCAAGGCUCGGAAGAUCAACGUGCAGAACGUCCGGACCACGCCGAGGGAGACGACCUUCAAAGAGAAUGAUCCGCCGAUCGUCCCGAAUGAUCGGCCGAUCGUCCCGAAUGAUCCGCCGCUGCUGAUGCGACCGUUUGUAGACCAUAUGAGAAUCUUGGAACUCAUGAAGCGCAGGGGUCGGCCAUCGCCCCAACAGCAGCGGCUCGUAGCCAUGGGUCCUCCUCCCGGGUUGCCCGGGGUGCUGAGAACGCGCGUCAACAGCCGGGUGACGCCCCGACGUCGUCACAGCCAGCCGUCGACGGGGGCGCCUCCGCUGUACGCGGGCCAACCUCCUCGUCGCUCAUCGGUACCCGUGAAUCACCUCGCCACCAACGGCACCUGCAACGGCAACGGAAACGGCCUGGCCGAGGGCGGCUGGGCCGCGAGGCACUGCUGCGAGAACGAGGACUGCCACAGCUUCUGGCAGCAUCUGCGGGAGUGCGGCCUCCAGCUGCCGCCCGGCUGGCACGUGAUGCUGCACGAGGACGCGCGCGGCCGACCCCACGCCUACAUCGUCCAGCUGGACGUCGGGGCCAACGACAUGGUGCCCAACCUGGCCAGGAGCUUAAUGAUCGAUCAGCAAGGCCGCAUGCAGUACUUCAUGUACGGGGCGCCGGUCGACGCCUCGGACAACUCGCUGCCCGAGGAGUUGAACGACCUCGCCGCGCUCACCGAGAUCGUCGACGUGUUCGCGCGCAUGAAUCACGAAUUUUAAGAUGUAUACACAUCGUACGCUUUUGUAUACAUACGAAACUUGUAUAUAGAUAAUCGGUUUAGAGAAGAUUAAUUUGAUUGUACCCGACAAAACUUGUAAGAUAUACUGAUAGCAAUUUUUAUGACAAUUAGA